CUGUGUUACUGUGCUUAUACUAAACCUUUUCGGAUCUAAAUUAAUCAAGUUGUAUAGAAAUUUCACUUGUAUUCCCUUUGGAAAAAUAAAAUGAAAUUUAUCAAGUCUCUGAGUCGUCUUCCACAUUGUGUUUCUCCGUUGAAAAAAUGUUACUCUACCGAUCUGAUCAGUCUGGUGGGAAUUCCCAGGGUUAGGAUAACCAAAGGUGAAAAUCGUUACUUGUUAGUCAUGAUCCAUACACACGGGUUUACGAAUUUCGGAAGAGUUAUCGUUCGUGGAGCUGAUGUCGACAAUCAUUUGGACAUUUUUGACUCGAUUUUGGAGGAGAUGGAACCCCAGGGCAUAUGUUCAAAAUGCCUUGGCGGCGGAAGAAUUCUCAACGAGGAAGACAAGAAGAAAAUUAAGAUUUAUGGCACCUCUAGAACAUUCGGCGGUGCUGAUCACAAAAGGACGAGGAAUAUACUACAAGCGUGGACCACCUACAAGGACUUCAAAAUCAGCGUUAAGAAUUAAAGUUUCACAUAUUUAAGAAAUGUUAAAUUAACUUAAAUACAAAUUGCACAGUUAAA